AUGCCUUCGUUGCCGUCUCCCUCUGCUCUUCCCAACGACCUCUGGGACUUGGUGGUGUCGAUAUACGACGCGAUGUCCAGCUUUUUGUGGUAUUUCACGGCCUUCUUGGCUUCGACCUCUGUCGUACCCAAUGGUGGACUCCAGGGAGUAGCAGCUCAGUAUUUGUUGGGUCUCGGAAUUGGAGACAUCACUGGGCCGGUCGUGGAGACUAACAUGAUGGGAUACGCAGAUCUGGCACAGGUCGAUAGGGGCCUGCACAUGCGAGAGCGUAGUCGUGCCUUCAUCGUCGCCGAUGCGGCGGCACCCAACAAUCGUAUCGUAUUUAUCAAUGCUGAUAUUGCCAUGGGGGACACGGGCGUGCGUCGCUCUAUCGUCGCGCAACUCUCGUCCCAGUUUCCAGGUGUUUACACUGACUCCAACAUCGCCUUUGUCGCCACGCACUCUCACGCAGGUGUGGGUGGAUACCUUGAGAACCUGCUACCCCAGGUCACUUCUCUGGGCUACGUCAAGCAGACUGCGGAUGCCAUCGUCGCCGGAACCGUCCUCGCCGUCCGACGGGCACACCAGAGCCUUGCUCCUGGUCGGCUCCGAGUUGGAAAUGCGACGGUCCUCAAUGCGAACAUCAACCGCUCUCCGACCGCCUAUCUCGCGAACCCAGCCGCGGAACGCGCGAGAUACCAGUAUGACCAGGACAAGGAGAUGACGGUGCUACGAUUCGACGACAACAACGGGAACGCGAGGGGCCUGCUUAGCUUCUUCCCUGUCCACUGCACGAGCUUGUAUCAGAACAACACAUUGGUCAGUGGAGACAACAAAGGGAUGGCUGCCUUCCUGUACGAAUCCUUUGUCGAGCCCAAUUCGCUGCCUGGCAACAUUACAUUCGUCGCUGGCUUCACCCAAUCUAACGUUGGCGACACAAGUCCAAACACAUUGGGUCCCAUCUGCCAGAGUCCCGGCAAGGAGUACGACGGACAGCCAUGCGACCCCGACCACUCGACCUGCGGUGGGACCGUCCAAGACUGCCGUGGACGUGGUCCGGGCUUCCGCAUCUCCGACUUUGAAUCCAACAAGAUCAUCGGUCAGCUGCAAUUCGAGGGCGCUCGGGGGAUCAUGAACGGGCCCCUGAGCCCGGUGCAAGGGGCCGUCAAGAGCGUGCACGCCUACGUCGCAAUGGCCAACCACUCGUUCCAGCUUGCGGACGGAAGGACGGUGUCCACCUGCCCGGCUGCCAUGGGUUAUGCGUUCGCGGGUGGAACGACCGACGGACCUGGAGCAGCUGACUUUAUCCAAGGAAGUAACACCUCCACCACACAAAACCCCUUCUGGGAAAUUGUCAAAGGCGCCAUAACUCCUGUACCAUCGAAUGCCCAGAAAGCUUGCCAGGACCCCAAGCCCAUCUUGCUCAAUACGGGCUACGCUCACUGGCCGUACGAGUGGGCUCCGAACACCGUCGAUGUCCAGAUCCAGCGCGUCGGGAACUUCGUUAUGUUGAUAGUGCCAGGAGAAUUCACGACUAUGGCAGGCCGACGAAUCCGGGAGGCAGUGCGGACGAAGCUCAUCGCGGACGGCGUUAUUGGCGAUGAUGCCUAUGUGGUCCUCGCGGGCCCCGCCAACGCGUACUCGCACUAUGUCACUACCCGCGAGGAGUACGGCAUCCAGCGCUAUGAAGGCGCGAGCACCAUCUUCGGACCAUAUACGCUCGAGGCCUUCAUCGAUAAGUACACCAGUCUCGUACCCUACCUCGCCAACACGGCGACGGGCACUCCGGCCUCCGACCCUCCUCCGGCUGAACAGACCUCCAAGGCGAUCUCGCUCCAGACGGCUGUGGUGUUUGACGCAGAACCUAUCGGACAGAGGUUCGGCAACGUCUUGACGGAUGUGAGCACGACUGCGACCUACAGCGCAGGGCAGACCGUUUCUGCCCAGUUUGUUGGUGCAAACCCUCGGAACAAUCUUCGUUUGGAGGGAACGUUCCUUUCUGUCGAUCGAUUGGUGAACGGACAGUGGGUAGUAGUGAGAAGCGACUCCCACCCAUCGACUAUCUACGAGUGGGUACGAACAAACCUUAUCCUUGGAUUCAGCACUGUCACUGUCUCAUGGACCAUCGAAAGCGGCACUCCUGCUGGCACCUACCGUCUCCGCUAUUAUGGCGACUCCAAGCCGCUCAUUGGGUCCAUUUCAUCCUUUACAGGGACCUCAUCCUCGUUCACGGUUGGCUGA